CUCAGUGCUCGGUAUGGCCCUGUGUUCACCGUUUACCUGGGCUCCCGGCCUAUAGUCAUCCUCAGUGGUUACGAGGCCGUCAAAGAGGCAUUGGUGGAUCAGGCAGAGGCAUUCUCCGGGCGAGGGAAAGUAGCCACGUUGGAGAAGACCUUCAAUCAGCAUGGUGUUUUCUUUGCCAAUGGGGAGCAAUGGAAAUAUCUUCGGAAGUUCACCACCCUCUCUCUAAGAAAUCUGGGAAUGGGCAAGAAGGAAGGAGAAGAGCAAAUUCAAGAGGAGGCCCGCUACCUGGUGGAAGCGUUACAGAAUACCCAAGGGUCCCUGCUGGACCCUUCCCUGCUGCUGUCUCAAGCUGUCUCCAAUGUCACCUGCAUUCUCCUGUUUGGAAGUCGCUUUGACUAUGAAGAUGAAAAGUUCCGAGCUGUGGUCCUUGCCGCUGCUGGCACCCUAAAGGAGAUUAGCACCUCGUGGGGACAGCUCUGUGAGAUGUUCUUGGGUCCCCUCUACUACCUGUCAGACAUCCUUCAACAUCUCUCAGCUCCCCAUAGCCGGCUCACAGACCACCUAAGCACCCUAGCAACCUUUGUCUCAGGCCAGAUCCAGCAGCACCAGGAGAAGCUGGAACCUCAAGCUCCUGUCAGAGACUUUGUGGACGACUUCCUGGUCAAAAUGGGCCAGGAAGAAAAAGCCUCAGGGUCUGACCACACAGAUUUCCUGCUGACCGCUGUGAACCUGCUUUUUGGGGGGACGGCAACAGUCGGUGCCACACUCAAAUAUGCUUUCCUGCUCCUGCUUAAAUACCCAGAGGUCCAAGAUCGAAUCCAGGAGGAGCUGGGCCAAGAACUGGGGUGGGAGCGGGCCCCCAGCCUGGUGGACCGUGGGCGUCUCCCCUACACUGAUGCCUUCCUGCAUGAGGUUCAGAGGUUCCUGGCUCUCCUCCCUAUGGGGGUGCCCCGUGCCCUCACAAAGCCCACCUCCUUCCGGGGCUAUGACCUGCCCCAGGGCAUUGAAGUCUUCCCACUCCUGGGCUCCGUUCUGCAUGACCCAGAAUUCUUUGAGCGGCCAGAGGAAUUUGACCCAAGCCGUUUCCUGGAUGCCGAUGGCCAAUUCAAGAAAAACGAGGCCUUCUUGCCUUUCUCCUUAGGGAAGCGAAUCUGCCUUGGGGAAGGCCUGGCCCGAACCGAACUCUUCCUCUUCUUCACCACCAUCCUCCAGAAUUUCUCCCUAGAGAGUCCAUCCCCACCCGGAGCUCUGAGCCUCCAACCAGCCAUCAGUGGCUUUGCCAACAUUCCUCCAACUUUCCAGCUUCGCUUCAGGCCUCACUGACUGGCUGGGGGAGAGGGCAGCAGGAGACCACAACCCCCAGGGCUGAUGAACUGGUGCCCCACUUGGAAAGCGGCCCAAAGGGUUCACAGACAGGCUCCUAAGGCUCUCAGAGAACAAAGACCUAGGAGUAGAUUCAUAAAUUUCAGAGACUCACUCUCAACACGCUCACGAAUGCACACAGACCAACAUCUUGUAUUUAUUCAAUUCAACAUACCCUUUGUUAGCCAUCUCCUACAUGUAAGGCAUUCUUGCCGUAGAAAGGGCCAAUGUGGAAUUGAGGAUCCGCAUUCGAAUCCUGUUCUGUGAUCAUGGGCCAGGCAUUAUCUCUUUCUGGGUGGUAUCUUCUCACUCUAAGCCCACAAUCCAUAGCAACCCACAAGCCAGUGCUUCUCCCUCACACACCCUUAGGACACACUGUAGACAUACCCUAACUAUCUAUUGGGACCUCAGAGUAAGUAGGAAGAGACAGCAGGAGCUACCUAGCCCAACCCACCCUUACUUGAGCCAGAGUUCUGACUACCAUGUAUAUAUUUGACGGAUUUAUCCAGUGUCUGAUUGCCCUGACCUCCAGGAAGGGGAAACCCACUCUGUCCCCAGGAAGCCCAUUCUACACCUCUGAUGGUUAGAAAGGUCACACACUUUCUCUUGUCGGUCUCUCUGUCUAGUCUUACCCACGGGCACUAACACUCCAAGUACCCAUGAUUCCACCACUACCCUGAAGGUGCACUCCACCCAGGGAAAGGAAGACCCAUCUUGGCCUCUAUUCAGUUGCUCUGUAGGGGCUUGAUCUGCAGUUUGGACCCCUGCAAACACCCCUUCCCAAAGUGUUGGGGACCUGAAAAAGAGGCUGUCUCCUUCUCCCUCCCCUCAUGCCCUUUCUACCCCCACCACCACCCCCAAUAAACACUUUGGACCUACUUCUGGAAGAGCAGAGAAUGAUGUAAGUGACCUGGAUGGGAUAAAAUGGAUGGUCUGGGACAGAAGAGGAUGAGGAGGGAAGGGGGGGGUUGGUAGAAAAGGAUUGCAGUAAAAAGGGUAAUUGCUCACAUUUCCAUGGUGCUUCCCCAAAACUCCCCUAUGAGGGCUGGAAUGCCACUAGUCAUUCCUCUUAUCUCCUUUUGGUGGAUUGAAAAAUAGGACAGAUUGGGGGAGGGCCUCUGCGCAGGGUCAUGAGGAACUCAAGAUACCAGGCUCUGCCCCAUAAUGAUCUCUGCCAUCUAGGGCUAAGGCCCUCUUGUCUCUCUCUGGGCCUCAAUCUCCCCCUUGGAAGGACGAUGGGAUUAGGCAGAACGCCCUCCAGCCCGCAGACGGACAGACGGACGCGCAGGAAAUGGAAGGGUAGGCUCGCCUUUGCGUGGACCGACCUUUCCCCCACCUGCCCUGAGUUGAUGCGAAUAGCGGGUGGGAGGGACUGAGCGCUCCGAACGCCGCAGCCGCCGACGUUCCAAAGUGGAACGCGGCCACACAGUGGAAAUUCUGACGCGGGCUUCCAUGGAGCGUCCCAAGGGAGAAAGCGCCCGGAAGGCGGGGCCGGCCCCUGGCCUUCCACGGAUAGACAGGGUGGCCGCCAGAGGGAGCUGGGAUGCCACGUUGUGGUUGCGCUAACGCCCGUGGAAGGCCCGACCCAUUGGCUGCCGCGGAGGAUGGACGUGGAGGAGGAGACUUGGGGGGGGGGAGGCGGCGGCGGUCAGUCCACGAGCGUUUCCUGGGCAGCCACGCUGUACUGACCCCGUAGUCCCCGUUUCACGGGGUGAGGGGAGAAGAGGAGGCUAGGCAACCCUGCUGCCCUCGAAACUCCUCUUCAUCCUAGGAUGGUGGGACGGACCUAACGGGUCUUCAAAUCUGGACCCCUUCUUUUACAAGAUGAGGAAACUGAGGUCCAGUGACUUUUCAAAGUCACACUGCUGGUAGUAGUGAGCUAAAGAUAUGUGAAUCAACCCACACAUACUCUAAAUGCAGAGCCGUUUUCCAUUCGAUUCAAAAAGCAUUUAUUAAGUGCUUACUGUGUACUGAGCAGGUACAGAAGCUGCAAAGAUAAAAUGGGGGGGGGUUGGAGGUGGGCACCCUACUGUUUCCUACACUCUCAAAUUUCCUGGAUUACAGGGUCUCUGAAACACUUUCCCACCUCCUAACCCUUCAGACACAGCUUAAGGACCCAGCAGGGAGCCAGAAUGAUUGGGUUAGAGUGGUAUGGUGGAAAGACCACGCUGCCUCCAGAGUCAGAGGAUCUGGGUUCAAAACCUGUCUAUGAAUGCUUACUACAUGUAUAAUAACCUCAGACAAGUGGAUUGGCCUUUGAGCCUGGGGUGGGGGGUUGGACGGUUAGCCUCUGACAUCGCUUUCAUCCCAGGAUCUAUGAUCCUUUGAGUCCUGAUCCUAAGCCUAACUAGAUCCUAGGCAGGUUGCCAAACCCUACUUAGCUCUCAGUUUCCCCAUCUGUAUGAGAAGUUGGCCUCAAUGGUCUCUCAAGACCCUUCUAAUUGACCGUCUUUCACUCAAGAAUUCUAGCGUCCCCUGGGAAUUAGGCACAAGGGAAUGAGAGAUUUAGAGAGGAAGAGAGAGUUGGGGGCCCUGUUUUUUCUCACCUAUUCCCUCCCACCCAUCCAGUACACACUCAGAAAGUCAGGGCUGUAGCCAGGCUUUCCUGGAUUUGGCUCCACUUCAUUAAAGGAUCCUGAUGCCUGAGAAAAGUUCAAUUCAAUGAAUUUAUUAAGCAAUAGCUAUGUGCCAUGCAUUGUAUUAGAUGCUGGGGGUGCAAAGACAAGGAAGGAAGGAAGGA